UGUUGAACUGGGCAGUCUGGUUCAGCCCGCAGCACAGACUCAUUUCUCCACACACCAGCUCUGAGUGGAUGCUCAGCAGGGGUGUUUGAGAUAUUAGCGCGCUGUGGGGGAUCGGCUCAGGGACUCAGGGACCAUCCACAUACAAAGAGCCGGCAGUGUGGAGGAAUAUGGGCAAAUCCGAAAGCCAAAUGGACAUCAUGGAGAAAUCGAGCAAACCUGGGAAGCGCCGCUGGACCGCCGCAGAGAUCGGUCUGUCCGUGCUGCUGCUGCUGGUCAGCUGCGCCCUCGCGGGGCUGGUGGUCCUCUACACGUCAGCAGUGAAAGAACAAUCCAACAGGCCGAGCGUGUCCAGGAGCUCAGCAGGCGAAGGCCAGCUGUUUCGCUCCAGCCUCAGCAGCGUGUGCACGACCGCAGACUGUGUUACCGCAGCCGCCCGCCUCUUGCAGAACAUGGACGACUCCGUGAAGCCCUGCGACAACUUCUACCAGUACGCCUGCGGGGGCUGGCUGGAGCGGCAUGUCAUCCCGGAGACCAGCUCCCGCCACAGCAUCUUCGACAUUCUGAGAGACAAGCUGGAGAUUGUCCUCAAAGGUGUCCUCGAAACAACAAACGAGCAGGACAGGGACGCCAUCAGGAAGGCCAAAGUCCUGUACAGUUCCUGCAUGAAUGAAAGCCUGAUCGAGCAGCGGGGAUCGCAGCCUCUCCUGAAGCUCAUCGACAGCAUCGGAGGAUGGCCCGUGGCGUCCGAGGACUGGAACACCACGGCAGAGGAAACCUGGAGCCUGGAGGACACGCUGGCCACGCUCACCGCUCGGUUCCACAAGAAGGUGAUGCUGGACAUGUAUGUGUGGACGGACGACCGGGACUCUCAGCGUCACAUCAUCUAUAUUGACCAGCCACUACUUGGCAUGCCUUCCAGAGACUAUUACUUCAACGAUGGAACUACAAAGGUUCGAGAGGCCUACCUGCAUUUCAUGGUUUCCAUUGCGAAGAUAACCCGAGAGGACAGGAACCUGACUCAGGAUGACGACCGGGUGUGGGAGGAGAUGAUGCAAGUGCUGGAGCUGGAGACCGACAUCGCCAACGCCACCUCACCUGCAGAGGAGCGCCAAGACGUGACCGUCCUGUAUAACAAGAUGACUCUCGGCGAGCUGCAGAGCACCUUCAGCUUUCACGGUUUCAACUGGACCAGUAUCCAAGGUGUGCUGUCCAGCGUGUCUGUGGACGUCCAGCUGGAGGAGGACGUGGUGGUGUACAGCUCUCCCUACCUGGAGAAGAUGAACGAGGUGCUGUCCAGACACAGCGUCAGGACGAUGCAGAACUACCUCACCUGGCAGAUCAUCUUCGACAGAGUGAACAGCCUGAGCCGACGCUUCAAGGAGGCCCGAGCUCGCUACAGAAAGACUCUGUAUGCCACUGUGGAGGAUGCUUGGUGGCGGGAGUGUGUGCGUUACGUCCAGAGCAGCAUGGAGAACGCGGUGGGGAGCUUUGUACGUACGAGAGACCUUGCAGGAGAAAGCAAACGGAUGGUCAGCGACCUCAUCAGUAAGAUCCAGACGGCGUUCGUGGAAACACUGGAGGAGCUGAGCUGGAUGGACGCGCCCUCCAAGGAGAAGGCCAGAGAAAAGGCGAUGGCCAUCAAGGAGCACAUCGGCUAUCCAGAUCACAUUUUACAAGAAAGCAACCAGAAGCUCGACCAGGAGUACGCUCAUUUAAAUUUCAGCGAGGAACACUACUUCGAGAACAUCCUGGAGAACCUCCGGUCCGAAGCUCACAAGGGUCUGAAGAAGCUGAGAGAGCCUGUCGAUCCUGACUUGUGGAUCAUCGGCGCCGCUGUGGUGAAUGCUUUCUACUCACACAACAGGAACCAGAUAGUGUUUCCUGCAGGAAUCCUGCAGCCGCCGUUCUUCAGCAAACACCAGCACCAGGCCCUCAACUUCGGAGGAAUAGGAAUGGUCAUCGGACACGAGAUCACACACGGGUUCGACGACAACGGGCGUAAUUUUGACAAGGACGGUAACAUGCUGAACUGGUGGAGCAAUUACUCCGCGGAGCACUUUAAAGACCAGUCGCAGUGCAUGGUGCAACAAUACGGCAACUUCAACUGGGAGCUCGCAGGUGGACAGAAUGUCAGUGGAAUCAGCACUUUGGGGGAGAACAUCGCAGACAAUGGGGGCGUUCGCCAAGCAUAUAAGGCUUAUCUGAAGUGGGUGGAGAUGGAGGGCGAGGAGGCUCGGCUGCCCGGUCUAGACAUGGAUCACACGCUUUUCUUUCUAAACUUUGCCCAAGUGUGGUGCGGUGCUUAUCGGCCUGAGUUUGCCAGCCAGUCCAUCAAGACCGACUCACACAGUCCAUUAGAGUACAGGGUGCUCGGAUCGCUGCAGAACUUCGAAGCGUUCUCCGAAGCGUUUCAGUGCCCGAAAGGCAGCCGGAUGAACCCUGAGCAGAAGUGUCGUGUCUGGUAAAAACUCCUGACAUGAUCGUUUUGUGAUUUAAGCGAGUGAAACUGGAAGAAUAAGCUUAGUACUUUCCGAGUCCCGCAGAGACGUCCCGCUCAUGAGCUUCUCCUCUGUAUUUGACGCAGGGAAAUGACACAGACAUUGAAAUAUUUACUGAUGUAGAUGAUAUCCUGGUUCAGACUUUAGAGAAUAUUUACCAUUACAAAAAAAUAACUUGGCGAGGUCUCCUCUCGGGCUUGAGGGUUGUCUCUGUGUGAGAAGGUCAUUUGUUCAUUUUUCUGCGGUCUCACAGCGGAUGAUGAGAGGGUACGCAGACGAAAAGGCUGCGGAGGAAACAUAAGACUUUCUGAAAAGGUUAAAGCGUACAUGGCUGGCUCGAACUGCUUCGCCAGCCUUCGUUGAACUAAUUCUUUUAAAAAACAAUGUUUGUGAUCUAUCUUUGUGAUUCCGCCGUUAACAUCCGAGUUGCCUCGGUGUCCGUCGUCUCAUAUCGUGCUUUCGAGACUUUGUGCCACUUGGUAGGAAGUGACAGUGAAGCAGUCUGACUCUGAGCGGAGCUCUGGGAAUAAAUGAAAGCUCGGGGCUCUGCUGAAGCGAAGCUACAAUAGAAUUAGUCACACUCGGGGAGCGCGGUCAUUCACUGUUACCUGAAAGCAAAUUACCUAAAGACUCUAAGACUGUUAAAUCUGCGCAGCUUUAACCUUAAAUUAACAUUCAGGAGGAGCUGCUGCAUUCAGCGUUUUUACACUCACAGAGUGGAGAAACCUUUCGAAACUGGCAAAUGCUGUUUCUUCGUUUUUCUGUUUUAUUUUUUCCAAGUUUCUUUUCCAUGUUCUGCAUAUGAUUGUUCCUGAAAACCCUGACGGCUCGCUGUCAGAGAUGUUUUUCCUGCACCUCUGAUCGAUAUUUGUGGCCCGAUACGUCUCGGCUUGUGAGAAAAACCUGACACUUGUAGGAAAUGAAGUGACGGGAUGUUUACUGCAGUUUCUCUCAACUUUCACUGCAAUCAAUGUCUGUCGCUCUGCUUCCACACAAAUCAGCCUUCACUCGACAAGUUCGCCAAAUCUGUACCGAGGAAGAGAGCGCCCAGUAUGGGAAAUCUGUCACCAACCGCUUUAGUUAAAAAAAAAAAAAAAAAAAAAAGAUAACUUCUUGUAAAA